CGCCUGCGCACUGGAGCGUUUGUCUUCCUGCAUCUCAGAGGUGGGUGAUAGCUAGCGAGGCCGGUCGAGGCGAUGGACGACGAGGAGGAGACCUAUCGGUUGUGGAAGAUCCGGAAAACAAUCAUGCAGCUCUGUCACGAUCGAGGCUACCUAGUAACACAGGAUGAAUUGGACCAGACAUUGGAUGAGUUCAAAGCCCAGUUUGGGGAUAAACCCAGUGAGGGGAGACCGCGGCGGACGGACCUUACUGUCCUGGUGGCCCACAACGACGACCCCACGGAUCAGAUGUUUGUGUUCUUUCCAGAGGAACCUAAAGUUGGAAUUAAGACCAUCAAGAUGUACUGCCAGCGAAUGCAGGAGGAGAACAUCACUCGGGCUCUCAUCGUUGUUCAGCAGGGCAUGACUCCCUCGGCAAAGCAGUCUCUUGUGGACAUGGCUCCCAAGUACAUCCUGGAACAGUUCCUUCAGCAGGAAUUACUGAUCAACAUCACGGAACAUGAGCUGGUUCCUGAGCACGUGGUCAUGACCAAGGAAGAAGUGACGGAAUUACUGGCCAGAUAUAAGUUGCGGGAAAACCAGCUUCCUAGGAUCCAGGCCGGUGACCCGGUGGCCAGGUACUUUGGAAUCAAGCGAGGCCAGGUGGUCAAGAUCAUCCGUCCCAGUGAAACGGCUGGCCGAUACAUCACCUACCGGCUGGUACAGUAGCAGCUGGGAGCUCUUUCAACAGGCUGUCCGAAACUACUUUGUGCUCUACAGCAAGGAACUGCUGACCUGCCUUCAAAUGUCCUGCACUUGGGAUAUUUCUUCUGAGGAAGGCCAAGCUGGUGUGGACGCUACAGGGGAGCAUACUUGAUGUUCAGAGUCAUGCAACCUUCUAGACCCGUUGAGGAUUGGAGUAGCCAACUCUUGGCUCAGUGCUGAGAAACUGAUGGCUCGAAAGCGUCUCCCAGUUGUUGAGAACUUGGCAUCAGGAUGGCAAGGGGGUUGGUUUGCUCCCCAAACCUGGAUUCCCUUUUCCAAACCCGCCUGAGCUCUAUGGGGGGGAGCAUCCUCUUUGGCUCUGUCUGUAUUUGCGUUGGAGUUCAUCAUUACAAGCAAACAUUUAUAGAUUUA